AUGGGAUUAGUCACAAUCACACUUCCUCAAAUCUUACCGUUGUUUCCAAUUGAAAUUCAUGAAAAAACUAAAGAAAUUUAUAAACAGAUUCCAGAAACAUUAUUGAAAUUCUUAGAUUUAACAGAAAUUGUUAAAACUGCUGAAUGUCGUGAAUUUGAUUUACAUCCUAAUACAUACACUGCAAUAGGUCAACGUGAAUAUUGGGCCAAUUUAUGUCAAGCUUCUAAUGCUCUUAUACCUAAAAACAUACAUCGUCAAAAUGAAACUAAAACUAAUCCGACACACUCAAACGUGGAUCAAUCGAAAGGAAAAUCGAAAAAUCAAGUUCAACGGUUGAUAUUACAUGAUCAUAAAUCACCUGUUAAAUAUAACAAUAAACAUGCAAAUAAUCUUCGCACACAUUUAUUUAAUUCAAUACGAAAAAUAUUUCGUGAACAAAAAAUUAUAGAAAUAACUCCAGAUGUUCUUGCUGAUCAAAUUGUACGAAAAUGUUUAGAACUAUGUCCAGAUUGGGGUGAAAAACAAUGUAGAACUUCAUCAACAGUCGUUCGAUCUCAUAUAACUGAUGUUAUAGAACAAGAAUCAACGUUAUUGAAUAUGACUGUAUAUGUAUAUGCUCAUCUUAUGUAUGAAUAUCAACGAUCAUUUCUUCCGUGGAAAAAAGAUAAUCAACCAAAAAUCGGUUAUGAUUUAACUAUUGAAUUAAGUGCUAUAUCAAUUGACUGCAUGACAUUAAUCAAAUUUUGUGAAUUGGUAGCUGAAAAUGAUGUUUCAGAUGUAAUUAAGAUCAUUGAAGAAACGAAUCCAACGAUGAUAUCAAAUGAUUUAAAUAGCAAAGAUUUCAAUCUAUCACCAGACAAGAAGAUUAUAUUCACAUGGGAUAGUCUUCAAAAUAUUUCUACAUAA